CUGGAUUCUGCCACCCACACGGCCACAGCUCCCCAUCUGCCUUUGUCAACAGGAGUAUUAUCUUGGAAUGUUGCAGGUCAGAAGCCUGCCUCUGUAUCCCAUCUGCCAGCCUAGCCUUGCCCUUUCACCGGAGCUGCCCCUGCUGACUCACACCUGUCAGGCGGGUGGGCAACGCUAUGAAACUGACCAGGAAGUCACCUGAGCAACUUCAGAGCUUGCUCCUGCUGGGAGAGAAAGGCCGGUUCAUACUUGCCUGAGAACUUCAGAGGUGGCGCCAGGGCUGGAGUUCCUCCAGCAACUGACUGCCCACAGCAGAGCCCCGGCCGUUUAGCUACCUCUGCGCCGUCCAUCCAGGACCAGGCACCCAGAGUUUUGCUCUGCAUCAGGGGAACCUUGAUGCCCAGGAUGAGCCUGUCCAAUUCCACGACUGUUCUGCCUUUUCUGGCCAGGCUGUGGCAGGAGACAGCUGAACAGGGUGGCAACGUGUCAGGCCUGGCUCGUAAGUCUCAGCUCCGAGAUGACAGCAAGCUGGAGGCGCUCUAUAUCCUCAUGGUGCUGGGCUUCUUCGGCUUCUUCACCCUGGGCAUCAUGCUGAGUUACAUCCGAUCCAAGAAGCUGGAGCACUCACACGACCCUUUUAACGUGUACAUCGAGUCAGAUGCCUGGCAGGAGAAAGGCAAGGCCGUCUUCCAGGCCCGCGUCAUGGAGAGCUUCAGAGCUUGCUAUGUCAUUGAAAACCAGGCGGCUGUAGAGCAGCCUGCUACACACCUUCCUGAACUGAAGCCAUUGUCAUGAACUCCACACCCUAUAGAUGACAAGCAGAUCUUUCUAGUCGCACGCCUACCAUAGUCUUUAUUGUAGGGGCACCACUGAGUUUUGUGAAAGACUGUGAGGGGUGAAUUAAUGACACCAGUUUUCUGAAAUUGCAUUCUUUCUAUAGUAGACAAUAGAUUUAUUUUGCAGCGCCUGUCCUUGUCUUUGUAAAUCUUGCAGGGUCCCAGACAACAUGGCUUCUGAGAAUACAAGCUGAGUUUCCCCAAA